CGGUCGUAUAAGGAUGGCCGAAUACCAAGAAGGGACAGCAAGAGCUUUUGGAAGUUCGUAUUAGACACAUGUAACGACAAGGCCUUAAUGCUGUUGACGAUUACCGUGCUAACAUCGUUGGUCAUUGCCCUGUACCAGAAAUUCACUGGACAACAUCAGGUCGGCGAUACAUCGGCGCGGUGGACUGAGAGCAUGGCAAUCAUCGCCGCCGUUGCUGUCGUAAUUGUCACUGGGUCAUUCACUGACUGGCAGAUGGAGCGACAUUUCAUUCGGAGGAUGGCCUAUAGAGUUCUUCAUCUCAAACCAGGGGAUGUGACCGAUGUUGAUGGCUUACUGCUUCGGGGAACCGGAGUUCAAUGCGACGAGUUCGCAGCGACGCAUGAGGCUGGUUUCUUCCCAAAAGACUCCGCAGAAAAGGUGUCAGCGGAUGUAAAGGAGGGUAAGGUUGUAAUAGAAGCAGACUCCUUCAUUCAUUCCGGCAGUCGCGUUAUGAAUGGGGAAGGCACUCUUCUGGUCACUGGGACAGGGCAUCUCCAAGUCACACUCCUCCAAUCAAAGCUGAAUGAAAUUGCCGAACGCAUUGCCAGACUCGUUGGCGUAACUAGUUUUGUCCUGCUUGUCACCCUGCUCGUUACUUUUUGCACUAAACUCCCGCAGAAUACGGGUGCAGCAUUAUCAAAGGCCCAGGAAGUCUUAGACAUCCUUAUUGCCGUCAUUAUAUUUAUAAUCGUGGGAGUUCCGCAAGGGCUCCCGUUGGCGCCCACGAUGGCACUCGCGUUUGCCAUUCCAGGAAUGCGCGGAACUAAUAACUUUGUUCGUUAUCUGAAGGGGUGCGAUGUCCUGGGAAACGCCACGACUAUUUGCUCUGGUGUGGCUGGUAUAGUUUCUCGGAGCAAGAGUAUAGUGGUAGCUGGAACAGUGGGUAAUGGUUUUCGCUUCGAGCGCUCCAGAACCGCAGCUUCCGAGAAAUCAGCUCAAGAGUUUACACCUCAACAAAUUGCUUCCGAACUUGCCAAGGACACUCAAGACCUACUACUGAAGUCCAUCUCGCUCAACUCGACAGCUUUUGAGGGCGACGUAGAUGGGGUCUCUACUUUCAUCGGAUCAAAGGUGGAGACAGCACUCCUCAUGUUCGCACGAGAAUUCCUCGCACUGGACUCUGUCAGCGAAGAGCGCGUCAAUGGCAAGAUUCUGCAGCUCAUUCCUUUUGACUAUGGCCGGAAGUGUAUGGGUGUGGUCGCGCAGCUAGAAAAUGGGAAGGCCCGCCUGUACGUGAAGGGCGCCUCGGAGAUCCUUCUCAGUAAGUGCACACGGCUGCUGAAGAGCCCGGAUCAAGAUAGCAGCAGCGGCCGCCUUAGAGCCAGCGACAUUGAGAGCAUUGAUGCACUCAUCAAGGGAUAUACCUCACGAUCUCUGACUGUCAUUGGCCUCGGGUACCGCGAUUUCGACAUUUGGCCCCUACCAGAAGCCCGACGUAGUGAGGACAACAGUAGUGACGCUGUAUUGGAAGAAGUGUUCACAGAAAUGUGCUUUAUUGGACUUGUUGCAAUCCAAGAACCCUUAAUAGCUGGCGUUCCUGAAGCCGCCAGGGACUGCCAAAGAGCUGGCGUGUUUUUGCGCUUAGUCACUAGUCACGAGAAGCUCACCGCUUGCGCUAUUGCCAAAGAGUGUGGCAUCCUUCACGACGAGGGAAUUGCGAUGGAAGGCCCAGAGUUCCUGAAGCUCGACAAGGAGGAGCAGAACAAAAUCAUUCCCAGCCUGCAGGUGCUUGCAAGUUCUAGCUCCAAGGAGAAGCAAAUCCUGGUUGAGCGACUAAAGGAUCUUGGUGAAACUGUUGCUGUUAUUGGUGAGGAUACCAAGGAUGCGUCAGUGCUGAAUGUUGCGGAUAUCGGUUUCUCCAUUGAGGGGCCCGGAGCCGGCAUUGCCAAGGAGGGCUCUGGCAUACAUUCUGUGGCUAGCAAUUUUCCAAGCAUUGUUGAGGCUCUGAAGUGGGGUCGAGCUGUCAGCUACGCGGUUAAACGCUUCCUACAGUUCCAACUCACAGUCACCAUUACAAUCGGCGUCCUCGUAUUCUUCACUGCCGUAGUCAGCGCUCACCAGAAACCACUGUUCACCGCUGUGCAACUCCUCUGGAUCAACUUGGUCAAGGACACACUCGCCGCUCUUGCCCUGGUAACAGAUCCACCUCAGAACAGCAUAUUAGAUCGUGCCCCUGACCGGAGGGGAUCUAGGAUCGUUUCUUCAGCUAUGUGGAAGAUGAUCAUCGGUCAGACUAUCUAUCAACUAGGUGUGACAUUCUCGCUUAGGUACACCGCGACACGGCUCGCGGUAGUUGAAGAACAAGAAUAUAUACAUGCGCUUGUCUUCAACACCUUCGUUUGGAUGCAAAUCUUCAAUUUGUGGAACAAUCGGCGACUUGACAAUAAUUUAAAUGUCUUCGAGGGUCUGACAAGGCAUUGGUUGUUCUUUGGAAUCAACGCGAUUUUGUGCGGAGGUCAGGUUCUUAUUGUCUUUUUCGGCGGCACUCCCUUUUCCAUUCCGACCACUACCUCUGAGGGCCGACUUCCUCAGAGUGGUCUUCAGUGGGGCAUCGCUAUUGGGUUUGGUCUUGCCUCCAUCCCAGUGGGUGCCAUGAUACGUUGUUUUCGAAACCGAUUCGUCUGGAGCUGCAUCCGAGGGAUUUUUGAGCGCCGGGACAAUUCGGUUCACCAUUCUAUAGCCUUGGACGAGGAGAAGUCCAACAGGAACAAUACACACUUCGGAGAUGUCAGUAAUGACCUGAGAUUCAUCAAGUUUAACGGCGGCCGCCUCAAAAACUUGGAA